AGCACCUCAUAUUUCGCUUGGGAACCCUGCAGCCCAAUGGAAUUGUAUCAAAAUCCCUGGGAAUAAUGUCUGUGAAACUGCACUUUGUAUCUCCUGCUGAUUCUAGUGGAAUCAACCGCAGCCGUUCAUUUACUGGCUUUGGUACAAUGCAAAGCAGAAGAACCCAAGUUUCUUCUGUCAGCAGAAGUUCUCCAAGGUCAAGACUGCCCUCAAUAAAAUCUACAAGGAAGCACGCCACUUCACAAAAGAACUCCAACAGUUUGGAGCCGCAGCCUAAACGAGUGGAGAAAAUCUGCAAAUCGUUACGGAAAGGCUUGAAUGAAUAUCUCGAAAUGAAUCAAAAUGAAUUGGAUUUACUAAACAUGCAGCAGAAAGACAUGAAAAGGAACUCCAGACUGGCUUUUCUAUAUGACCUAGAUAAGCAAAUGCGGACCACUGAGAGAUACAUCAGGAAACUGGAGUUUCACAUCAGCAAGAUAGAAGAACUAUAUGAAUCCUACUUCAUCCAAUGGCAGCUACGUAAUGGCGCAAGCAACAUGAAGCAAGCUUACACUGUGUGUCCUUCUACCAAAGGAUCAAGGGAAACAUUGCUCGAGAUUAACAGAAAUUACAAGGAAUGUACAGAGGAUAUGUGCGCAAUUGAGAGAACGUUAGAAGUGCUACUUGGGGAAUUUCACAUCAGAAUGAAAGGUUUGAUCGGUUUUGCUCGCUUAUGUCCAGGAGAUCAUUAUGAGGUAUUGAUUAAAUAUGGUCGACAGAGAUGGAAGCUAAAAGGAAAAAUUGAUGCUGAUGACAGACAAACAUGGGAUGAAGAAGAAAUGGUCUUCCUACCUCAUAUUAAUGAAGACAUUGAAAUAAAGGUAGCUGAGAUGAAGGGUUUGAUGUCUGUUUUGGUUGGAGCAGUAACUUGCGAAAGUGCGGAUUUCUUCUCUGCACAGCCUCAGAUAAUGAUUGUGGAUAUUACGGACUUAGGCACAAUUAAACUUCAGCUGGAAAUCACAUGGGAUCCAUUUGAUAAUGAUGAAGUCUCAGUGACAUCUGGAUCAAUCUCAAAAUUCUCUUUGCCAAGUCGCAAAGGCUCUGUGUAUAACUGGACACCUCCCAGCACACCGAGCUUCAGGGACAAGUACCUCUCUCAGCACAUUGGACAAGAGGAGACACUACCUUUAUUAUGCAAUGAAACAAAAGGACAUUUUAUCUUUAAUCACUUAGGAAAUGGAUACCACAAUACAAAUUUGUCAUCUGUACCAGAGAAUGAGAAAUUUUACAACUAUGCAAAUACAGACAAACAAGGAAACAGUCAUUGCACUGAUAAUACAUUAGCAAUUCAAGACCCAUCUGUGGAAUUAUCCUAUAGCCUGCAAGGAGGAGUCCCUACAGAAAAGGCUGUACCAUCACCUUAUGCAGAAUCAAGAUAUCCAAAGCAAAGAGAAUUUCAAAAAGAUUCAAUACCAAACAAACAAUUUCAAAGUUGUUCAGCAACGGCAACAUCUGCUUUGCACAUCAAACCGUAUCACAGAUUUCAGCUAUGUACUGGGAAAUAUGCUGAAUGGAACUCAACUGGCCACAUCAGGAAUGCAGAUCUUACCAAACCAUUAGGUCCACAGAGAACUUUGACAGUAUUCAGUACACAGCAGGACAGCACUUCAAUGUCUUCUGGAAAGAACAUAAGCAUGGAAUUUAUUUCAGUAAAUAUAGGGACCAUACUGCAAGAAAUAUUAAUUAUUCUAAGGACUGAUCAAAGAAAUUACAGGGAACUUCAAAGACUAGAGCAGCAGAUUCUGCAUUUCAGAGAUUUUCUGAAGAGAGAAGCAAAAGACAGCUCAAGUGCAUCUACUGUCAGUCUGACUGUUGAAACUGUCUUAGAAAGCUUCAACUUCCUAAAUACUGAUUCAAGUGAAGAUAAUAUUUCAUGCUCUGGGAGCAUUAGGAUAAAGGAUGAAAGGAUUGGUCCGUACAAUAAAGGCAAUAGUCAGCACGCUUUCACUAAGAAUGGAGAUUUAGGAGUUAAAGCAACAGGAACCCUUGCUCUGACAUCAGAAAAUGUGUGUCUUGAUCAAGUCCUCUUAACUCACCUGCAAGUGUGCAGGAGACUUCUACAGAGAUUUACAUCGACCGGCUGUGUACCUGUCCUUCAGAGCUACAUAUUAGAGGAACUCUCUCAACAGAUCCUGGUAUUGGAAACUCUAGCUGUCAUUUGUUGUAAGAAGUCAGGCAAUAUUAAAUCUGUGGAAGAAGUUAUUCCAAAAUCAAAGAUGGGGAAAUCUGUCCAGUCAUUCUGGAGUAAAUGCACAGGGAUAGACAGUGUACUAUACUCAUCAGCUGAGAGGUUCCUGGCACAACUAAGAAGUUGUUACACACAGAAAGUGGCUGCAAGGCACCCAGGACAGACCGAAAGAGUAUUCAGAACACUUCUGUACCAGAUUAUCAGCUGUUGCGAAUUACUGCUGUGUCCUAAUGUCUCAGAGGAAAUAGUGACAAUCUUCCAGUUUUUCAACUAUGUGAAGAAGUACAAUAUUACUCAGCUGGGGACACACCUGACCAGACUUGCAAAGGAAGUAUUUCUCCCUGAAGCACUACAGACUACACAGAAGAUGAAGACACUGAAAAAGUUAAAAGAAAAGUUAGUUUCUGAGCUUCAACCUCUGCACCAAACCUUGCAGUCAAUUUGCAUUCUUCAAUUAGAUGAGAACCCCAAGAUUGCACAAACUGUAACCUCAUUCUUUCGCAGUGCUUCAGCAAAUAACAAUUUUAGAGCAAAGGCUUUGGCAUAUUACACGGAAGUCUUGAAAGAAAAAGAUACACAACUCCAGAGAGCUGCUUGCAUAGCACUUAAAGAACUGAAGGCUGUGGAAAGCACUGAACAGAUUGCCAGCUUGUGCCACUCUCAAAUAGUGAAUGUGCGCGAAACAGCAAAAGAAACCCUCCAGUCUUUUGGUGAGAAAGGUCGUUUGGCUUUUGAGAAGGUGGAUAUGCUAUGGUAUGAAGAAGGCAUGAACCAAAAUUCAACUACUGAAAUUACUAUUCUCUGAAUGUUUUACUGUUCUUUUUCGAAACUAAUAACAACAGAUGUCUGUAGAUAAUGUGCUUGUGUUCAGUAAUUUUACUUACAUCAUGUUCAUAUUGUAUAAAGAUUUUCAAAGUGCAACUUUUUUUUCCUGACUUAUACAAGUGGUUAUUCGAUAUUAGUGUGCAAUAAAGUGGUAAGAUUUCGGUCACUGAUUUGUACCAAGUAGCUGCACUGUACUUUUUAAAAUUGUUAAACUUGCAAAUAUUAUUUAGACAUGUAAAAUACAUUUGUUUCUUCAUAAAUUCCAUUAUUAAACUGGGUAAUCCCAAAUCUUAACAUACUGAAGUUCAGAAUGCGUCAGUUGAGUAGAAAAUACAAAAGGAAAAGGAAACACAUACACAUUACCUAAAUGUAUCAUUUGUUCAAUUGUAAAUUUUUGGAAUUCACAAUAAAACUGACAAACAAAAUCUUCAAUUUGAAAAAGGAGAAAAUUCAGACUUCCAAAACCAGUCCUUUGUUACUUUAAAGUUGGAACUCAAAACAAAAUAUUUAGUUGGAGCAUUGACAGUGUUAAAAUACGGGGUUGUCACUUAAACAAUCAUCCUUCUUCGAGGUUUCAGUAGAGCACAAAGAUGUCACUUUUGUGUUGAGGGGACUGUGCAAGAAAUGUCUGAUGCACAGAUGUUGGAAUGAACUCAGAGGCUCUACUUUCAUGAGUAAAACUGUCACUCGACGUUUUCUCCUGCAUUAGGUGGAUGACCCUGCAAGUCAAAGCUCCAACAUUAGCUGAGCAAGGGCAACAUUGUUUUGUGGUGCUUUGACGGGGUAAAUUGCACGAUAUGAACAAGUUAGAGUCCACCAGUAUAUUUGCAGAGGCUUGAACAGAGAUCUCCUAAAGCUCAACACUUACCAAACUGAACCCAAGCUCUUAGAGUUUACUGGGCAAGACCCACAACUCUACAGCAGCCGAGAGUUUGGUUUGGAGAUUCCCACGUGGUGAUGGAUGUUGACAUCUAACCGUUUGAAAUCUCAAUGAUGGAUUAUUUUGUAAUAGGAUGCAAUGAGGGGAAACAUACAAAUAAAUUGCCAUAGGCAUUUAUUGUUUAUUUAGAACAAAUGAAAAAUAGGAUAAGCCACCAUGCUAUGGUGAUCCAAUACAUUACAAUAAAGUUAUUUAUCACUCAGAA